GGGAGAGGGGAAGAUGGAUGAGGGUAGAGGAUAGAGCGUGGGGAGGGGAGAGGGGAGAGAUGAGCGGAGAGUGAGGGGAGGAGAGUAGAGGUAAUCUGAUUAUAAGACUCGCAAGCCUUAGUUGGGCCAAUGUCCCGAUUCAUCUGAUCUGCUGGCUCGGUACAGUAUCGAGUCAGCCAACUGCACUGGCUCCCCAAUCAAAAGCCUUGGCAAUCUACCUUGAUUCUCACCAAGGACACACCCUUCUCUUUACUGCCCAGUCACUAGGUCAACCCUGCCUACUCUCCCCCAGACCAAAAAAUCAUGCCUCCGUAUAACUUCCCCUCAGUGCGAGCUUCAUGUGAUCGCUGCCAAAUCCACAAGCUCAAAUGCAUCGUCAAUGCAGAAGACAAAUCCGUCCAGCAAAAGUGCACCCGCUGUAUCAGACCCAAGGUUGAAUGCGUGUAUAGCAAACGAGCCCGCCCAAAGCGCCAGAACAACCUCGAGUCAGAGGGCAGCUCUGGCGAGGGAGAAAUGGGUCUUCUGACUCCACCAAAUGGUUCUGGCGAAGAAGCGAACUUUGACAAUUUCGACUCGUCUUAUACAGACAGGCUCGCCAGAUAUCUGGGCCAUGCUGAACACCGCGGACUUUGGAGUCCGACUGGACGAGUCAACAAUGACAUUUGGCAACUUCGCACAGACAUCGUCAGGCGUAGCAUCUGCGAGCGCGAGUGGGCUGCAUGUGUGCUCCAUGCUCGAUGUAGUACCGAACCAGAUUCUUGGUAACGGACUUGUCACUGAGCCCACUACACCCAAAUUCGAGCAAAAUAGCGCGUUGAAUUCAUCUACGAGAAUAGCGCCCCCCUUCAUGCACGAUUAUACGCAGUCCCGGACCAACGGGAGCAUCGACAUUGAUGGGGCUUUGCCAAUCACUCGACUGUCAAAUCUCAUGGUCGAUAUUUACCGGACGUUGGCUAUUCUUACAGGCAGCUCGCAUGCGACUAAGCAUCACAGCUUCAACUUUUGCGAAUAUCCUAUUGGCACCAUCUUGCAUCUUGCUCGGACUCCGGUAGAGAUCAUCCCCCAAGGCACAAGCUUAUUUCACACAGCCUCAGCAUUUACCCAAGACAUGACUGGAGUAUCAAGGCGUGAUUCGAUAUCCUCAGUUUCUCCCUUCAACAGCUACAGCUGCUAUGCAGACCUUCAAUCCAUCACACCCCCGUCUUCCACAGCAUCCCACAGCCUCAAGGAUCCCGUGGAUGCACCCACAAAAAUGCUGGCAGUGAGUUGUUACUCCUCCCUGCGCCACCUGUACUAUCUGGUGUUGACUCAUCUUGAUACCUACCUGAGAAUGACACUCCCUGCCUUUACCGGCGAACUUCUGUCGCACAAUGCAGCUGGGCUAAAGACGCUGCAGCUCAGUGGGCUGCCUCUUACGGACGAGGUGAGCAACAGGCUUGGCACAGCUGUCAAGCUGAUGCUGGUUGCUCUCCGCUCCACGGAGGAUAUGCUCGGCCUUUCUGAUUAUGCGAGCACUACGCGAAGAUGCCAGAAAGCGGAUCCAUGCGGGUGCCCGUUCUCAGCAGGGCCAACGAAGAGGGGUCAAGAUAUAACGCCAUUGGCAUAUGAAGAGCUCUUGGAGGUAUUUAAGGACCACGCCAUAAUGGGGUAUAAAGGUGCGCAUAUGGAUAAUUUGGCAAGCAAAGUCGAGUCUGUUAAGACAAUGUUAAAGGAUAGAAUAGACCUCCGCAUCUGAGUUUGGGUGGAGGACAUGGUCUGGCUGCGACCAGAUCGUCCCAUAUCCUAUCGUCUCCCUUAUACCAAUAUUAAAGUAAUCAAAGAUUGCUAAAAGGGGACUUCUCUCUCACUAUGUUCGAGUGCGGAGGUAUAAAUACCUGUUGACCUCCUGGGCUGAAUCAUGGCUAGAUCGUGUUUCUGUGUGGAACAACGCCACAGUUUAGAACCGAAUCACUGUCUAGAACAACCAUACUCCCUUGCAUUAUUACAAUAUCUCAUACGGAAUCUCACUUCCGCUGGCCUAUAUAUAUGUGCUUAGAAUUACACUCCUUUAGCUAGCA